UUUUGAAGGAUUGAUAUGUGACUGAAUGUCAAAUUUCUUUUAGACAAGAUGAAGCUUUGUCGGACGUUACAGAAUGCUGUGAAAUUCAGGUCAGCGUUUGACUUCGGCGAAAGGGAGGUCGCUCAUUGGUUUCCCGGUCAUAUGGCAAAAGGAGUUUUGAAAGAUGAAUGAUGUAUGACAGUGCUAUUUCUCCCGGUCAGGACUCAAGCAGAUGAAAUCAAAUCUGAAGAACGUCGACUGCAUCAUAGAAAUCCACGACGCCAGAAUUCCUUUCUCCGGUAGAAACCCUCUUUUUCAGGAGUCUUUGGAUGUCCGUCCCCACCUACUAGUCCUGAAUAAAGUGGACUUAGCGGAUACCUCAAAUAAACAAAGUAUUCUGAAACGGUUGGAGAGAGAUGGCGUCAGGAAUGUCGUUUUCACGGAUUGUUUGAGGCAGCAGGAUGAUAAUGUGAAAAAGAUAGUUCCUCAGGUGGUCGAGUUGAUUGAGAAUCGUCCACGCUUUCACAGAGGCGAGGAGAGGAACUAUUGUCUUAUGGUAAUCGGGGUUCCCAAUGUAGGGAAGUCAUCCUUCAUCAACGCUCUACGGAGAACCAACCUGAAGAAAGGUAAAGCGUCACGAGUCGGUGCUGAGCCGGGGAUCACCAAAGCAGUGUUGACCAAAAUUCAGGUGUGUGAACGCCCGGUGAUGCACCUACUGGACACUCCAGGCGUCCUGCCACCUCGCAUUGAGAGUGUGGAGACGGGAAUUAAGCUAGCCCUGUGUGGCACAAUCCUGGACCAUCUGGUUGGGGAGGACGUGAUCGCAGACUACCUGCUCUUCACCCUUAACAGAUUAGAGAGGUUCAGCUAUGUGGAGAAGUACGACCUGGGGGAACCCUGUGACAGCGUUGAGCAGGUGCUGAAGCGCAUCGCCAUCAAGCUGGGCAAGACACAGCGUGUGAAGGCCAUCACUGGAAUAGGCAACAUCACCAUCACAGUUCCCAACUACACAGCAGCAGCCUAUGACUUCAUCCGCGCCUUCAGAAAGGGGGAGCUGGGGAAAGUCAUGCUGGACUGAUCCACACAGGAUGACCUGGCAACCAGACGGGAUGACUUGGCAGGGUGAUUGAUGACCUGGCAACCAGACUGGACAGGGUGCCGCUGCACUGAUAGCAGCUAGCUAGCUAGCAGUAGACUUCUACAUGGACUCAGCCGGGUAUGACUAGAGGUCGUUUUAUGCAAGUGACUUUUUCUGUGUUUCAUGAAAAUCAUUGUGAUAACGCUGUGUUCUUAAAAUCUACACAGGAUAUUGUAUAUAGAAGUACUUGCAUU